AUGGGUGAUUCAGACAUUUUGACCCCUCUAAUAAACAGUCAGGAUUCUUUGAGCAGUCAGGAUCAAAUAUCUAAGCCGGAGAAUACAAAUGCAUGGGGGCGUCUAUAUCCAGAGAACGAGUAUUUAAAAAUUGAAGACCUAGUGAAGGAUAAUUACAACGCAGGUCGUCAAACUAAUGGUGUUGACUUUCAAUUCACCAAACAAUGCUUUAGUUUAAAAGUAAUGAAUCAUAUUAGCAAGAUUCAUUUCACUAUAAAUCGUGAAAAGAUUGGGACAUUAGGUUAUGUAGUAUUUAUUACAGACACGAGUUCAAAUGGCACAUUUUUAAAUGGUGAAAAAAUUGGUAAAGACAAUCGUUGGAUUUUAUCGAAUAAUGACAAAAUUGCUGUUGUUUCUAAAGCAAAUUAUGUGUAUACAUUUACUGAUAAACGUUCAGAUUAUUUAAAUUGUCAUCCAAAGGUCAGGAAACAAUUUGCUGUUUACGGUAUAUUGGGUAGAGGAACUUUUGGCGAAGUCCGAUUAGCUUUUGAAAAAAAAACUUCAAAAUGCUUUGCAUUGAAAAAAGUGAACAGAGAAAGUUGUAUUGUGUUAAGGGAACCCGAUAUUUUAUCAAGUUUAUCUCAUCCGAAUAUUGUUAACAUGGAAAAUUUCAUUGAUACUACUGAUGCAAUUUACAUAAGUUUGGAAUACAUGCCUGGAGGAACUCUAAAGCAACUAAUAGAAAAUACAAAACGUUUAAAAGAAUCGGAAUCAAAAAUAAUUUUGUAUCAAGUUGCUCGAGCUGUUCAGUACUUACACAAUAGGUCAAUCGCUCACAGGGAUCUAAAGCCAGGGAACAUUUUACUUUCCAUUAAGUCUCCUAUAAGUGUUGUAAAAUUGGCCGAUUUUGGCCUAUCUAAGAAGAUAACUGAAAACACACAUUUAAAAACAUUUUGUGGUUCAUUAGCAUACCUUGCGCCAGAAGUAUUUUCUAAUAGAAAAAAUAUUACUCAAUCAUGUAUUAAAUAUACUAAUAAAGUAGAUUCAUGGAGUUUUGGUGUUAUUUUAUAUGAAUGUUUAAGUGGUUAUAAACCUUUUGCUGGUGAUCAUAUUGAAGAAAAGAUUUGUAAAGGAGUAUACAAUAUAACUAAACUUAAAUUGUUUAACAUUUCAAAUGGCGCACAAGAUAUAAUCAAGCAGUUAUUAACAGUGGAUUAUAAUAUGAGGUUUGAUUUUGAUAAAAUAUUGAAACACAUUUGGUUUGAAAAAGAUAUGCUGAUGAAGGAAAAAGUUGGAAACCUUAUUGCUGAAUUUUCAAAUAGCUUAAAGCCAAGUAACAAAUUUUCAUCUAAUAAAGAAAAUGUUACAAAAAAAAUUAAGUUUUGUUCUUGCCUUACACAAGACACUUGUUCCGAAUCUGAACGUACCUGA